AGUUGAGACUUGGAAGUCUUCUCCUUCACCCUUUUUCGCUCCAGUUCUGUAGAGCGUGGGGUGGGGGUGGGGUGGGGAGUGGAGUGUGCUCUGUGUACAGCGAUGGAUCGCGCUCAGAUUCUUCUGAUCGGAUUACCACUUUUUCUCUUCUUCUACGACCUAGUUAGCCUCUUCGCUCCACAUCCACCACCUCACCAUCACCACCAUCCACCCCACCAUCACCAUCCACCGCAUCAUCAUCCACCUCACCACCCCCAUCCUCCGCAUCAUCAUCCACCGCAUCACCCCCAUCAUCACCCCCAUCAUCACCCUCAUCCUCCGCACCAUCCUCCACAUCGUGAGCUUGAACAAGCUACCGUUGUCCCUGAAACCCUAGAUGCUUCCUCUCAGGAUGAAGUAAGUGCUGGGGGACUUGGCCUCGGCAGCAGAAUCGACAUCUUCUUCUGUUCGUCUUGCUCGUACAGGGGAAAUGCCCUUACAAUGAAAAAGAUGUUGGAGACUGCUUUUCCUGGGGUUGAUGUUGCUCUUGCGAAUCAUCCACCAACUUUGCCUAAGCGUAUAAUUAGCAAAUUGGUUCCAGUUGCCCAAAUUGGAGCUGUUGGGCUUGUUGUGGCGGGUGAACACAUCUUUCCAAUGCUGGGCUUUAUGACCCCACCCCCUUGGUUUUAUUCUCUGCGUGCGAAUAAAUUUGGCACCAUUGCUUCUACUUGGCUUCUUGGCAAUGCUUUGCAAUCCUUCGUCCAAAGCACUGGGGCAUUUGAGGUCUACCUCAACAAUGAAUUGGUUUUCUCUAAACUAAAGGAGGGUAGGUUUCCAGGAGAAAUUGAACUGAGGAACGUUGUUGGCAAAAAGCUGGGUAAUUCUGGCGUUGGAGGUUUGUGGUCCUAGUUUACUGCAUAUGGAUAUACCAGUUGCGAAUGUCAAUUAACGUUUAGGUUGUUUAGUUGUGGUGCCAAUGAUGGAUCCUUUGCUUUGGCAAGUACUUUGAUGUAGUAUUAUUAAUAUAUACGAAACUAGUUUAGAAAUUUUCUCAGCGGAUUGCCCCUGUUGAUGCUGAGAAAAGGAGUGCCAUAUGAAGCUUGUCAUUUCAUUUUACAAGUUCACAAGCACUGUAAGGAUCGUAGAUCUUCAUCUUAAUAAAUCGAUAAGAGUAUUGCACAAUAGAUAA